UAUUUUUCAUAAAUAGAACCCUUGUCCCUUGGGGUCACUGUCAUUUCCACCACACUGUACAAAAUAGAAUCCUGGGAUCAGUGUUUUAGGUUUGUAUAUUUAGUAACCAUAGCAACAGAAACUCCACAGUGGAACACAUGGCUGGAUGAAAUGGUGUCCUCUACAGGGGGUAAUGAAAAGAAGAAAAAUCAAGAUGGCAAGCAAUACCACAGCACAGAGGUCAAGAUCAUACAGAGAAAGAAUAAAAUCAGAUCCACUUAAAUAUGCAGAGUCCCUCAAGAAGGACAGAGAAAGAUACCUGAAGAAAAAGCAACAAGGUGUUGUUAAAUCUGUGACAGAAAUGCCGAAAAGAGAACAACGAAAAAUGAGAAGACAGUGGCGAAUUUCUCAACGAAACAGACGUAGGAAAUGGAAAAUGGUCUCAGCAGUGAAUAGUUUCAUGGCACAUACAACACCCCCACCAUCACCAGACAACAUGAGUGUUAAUGCAGAAGACAUCCCUGAAACACCUCAGCUGUGUGAGCCUACACCAGAGAGAACUCCACAGAGGAAAAGAGGGAGAAAAAAGGUUGCAAAGGCAAAAGCAAAGGUGUACAGAGAUCUUAAUGACAUUAAACAAAAGCUUGAGGAUGCCCUCAGAAAAGUUGAAAAAUACAAAAAAAUAAGUAAUCGACUGAAGAAGAAGAUUGUCUCUACAAGACCGGAGGAGAUUUCUUGGCGAGUUCUCAGCUGCUUUUGUGCAGAUCCCCAUCCUUGCCAGUGUUUUGGUCUCAAAAAAGUCAACAUACUGGGAGCACAGAACAUGGAGACUGCAUUGGGAUCACCAAGUUCAAGCACACUUACCAGCACAUCUCAACCCAUCAUAGACCUGCAUGAGGGACUGAUUGGAAGUUGGUGUGUGGUACGGUAUGAUGGGGAUCCUUACCCUGGCAUUAUACAGGAUGUGGACCCUGAGGGUUGUGCUCUGGUGAGAACCAUGAGUCAUAUUGGCAAAAACAAGUUCUUCUGGCCUAUGAGAGACGAUGUUAUUUGGUACCGGCCAGAAGAUGUGAUCAGGCUGGUCCCAGAGCCUCAACCAGUAACAAAGAGGCAUGUGAUGGUGGAGCCAACAGUUUGGAAAGAAAUAUGCUCUGUUCUUGACCAUGAAACAUAACUGAACCUCUGGCCCAUAUGCAAGUUUGACAGAUACAGUAUUUAGCAAAUACAAUGUCUAUUUAGUCAGA